AUGGAGCGCUUCGAUGGGAGUCCUGAAGACAAGAAAGCAGUACUUGGCCUCCUGACCGAGAUGGGAUACGCAGUUGAAGGUGGAGGUAGCGGGAUCUCCCAAUUGCAGCAUGAUGUAAAGGAACUUGGGCAGGAAGCCUUCAUGGAAUCCAUUCCGAAAGAUGUUGCUUUCCGGACAAGGGCAAACUUGAGCCGUUUCGUCAAGGCGUUGAUGCUGGGAGAAGCAGAUCCCAGCGAUCCUGUUUCCACUGUGGUCCGCGCACCGCCUGCAGAGAAAGACGAGACGUUUCACAUCAUGCUGCACAACAUCAUGAAGGGGGACGAAUACCGCAAGCUGACCCUCCGAGUCAUUUAUGCCUCAAGAUUUGUGGACUAUGAGUUGCAGAGCAGGCACCAUGCGAAGUUGGUCCUUCCAAAGGGCUAUGAGGGCUUUGCUGCUACUUUGAAACCUCCGCUUGCACCUUUACAGCCCACAGCCAGUGUCUACCACUUUUGUGGUCCAGAUCCGUACCGAGGUGUGCUCAAGGUUUGGCACAUGCAGGCCGGAGAUGUCAAAUCCGAAAAGAACCUGACAAAACUGGAACCAUACCAAUCCAUGGCUGUGCUUCCGAUGGAGCGAGCGCAACUGCACAUGGAGAGCGAAUAUGAAAAGAUGCACAACAAAGGCCAUGCUAUCAUAACCCGCGAGGAUUGUUCGGAUAACAAGCAGAUUCCCACAGAUCAGCACGCUGGGAGGCAUGUGUACAUUUCCCAAUUUGAGGAGCGUCUCUGGGCUGAUGCUGGAGCCUUGGUAAAUGAGCCUCAUACGAUUGAUGCCCGAGCUGAUCUGGCAGAUGUUCAACAUGAAGCUGACAAAGGUGUGCACAAUGGGUUUUGCAUCCGUCUGCACAAUAUUUCGGCCGAAGACCUGAAGUUCGGAUUGAAAGUGAAGGUCAACCUGCCAGAUGAUCGUGUGGCACAUUUUCACCUGGAAAGCCAUUGCUACGGUGUGCUCCGACUUCCCGAGGGCUCAUCGGUUGAGGUGGAGUCCCAACCUGAGGAAUUCCCGGAGUCCAAAGCUUCCAUUAUUCUCGACCCCAACGAGCUGGCGAAAGCCAAUGGAGGCAAUGUCUACUUCUGGAGCGCCUAUGACCGAGAAGGUUGGAGUGAAGAGGAGACGGCGUUGUUGAAUAAGUUCUGCCCCCUGAUGAUUUUGCUCCCCCUCUAUCUCCUCGUAGUGUACAUUUUGAUGUGCAUGGUAAAUGCUCGGAAAAGGAAGCGCCCGCUUUGCCAUAUGAUCCACAAUGUGGGCCAUGCUACCAGAGGAAAGGCAAUCCCUGGGCCAUGCAUUGUGUGGCAUUUCUGCCAUUGCGAUCGCCGCGGUGCGGAGACGCUGUUCCUGCGUCCCAAGCCACUCACAAGCAGCGAUAAAGAACAGCCGGGAUUUGCCAUCACUUCUGCUCACAGCUGUGUUGUGCCUGCAGCUUCGCGCUUUGCGCUUACGAUCUGGGACAACCCAAAGCACGACCCAGAUGACAUGCGGAAGUCCCUUUUGAGAGAGAAGAUCGCUGACCUCGACACCCGCGAGUUCGAAAACCGACAUGUUUAUGUCCUUUGGUCUACAAGAAGCGCUACCCAGGAGUUCGCUCGUGGCUAUGGCGGCGCCUUGCCGGGAGCUGGCCUACAUCCCCAAACUGAAUGGGAUGCUCAGGCUGGCGCCUCUCUGGAUCUUGAAGCCGGCAAGGUAGACCGUCCAAAUGCCUGGGAGAAACCCUAG